GGAACUGGCUGGUCCGGGGCGCGGCCCCAAGCCCCUCACGCCGCUCCCCGCGCAGGCUCCGCCCCUGCCGGGCCCCGCCCCCGUCGCCAUGGGAACAGCCGCGGCGCCCGGCUCCGUCUCCGCCGCUCCAGGGGCGGGCGGGGUGGGCUGAGCCGGGGCUGAGCCGGGGCCGAGCCGGGGCCGCCAGCGCCGCCCGGGAGAGGCCGGAGGCAGAGCCCGCGGCGGGGCCCGGAGGAAAUCGCGGCAGCCGGGCGGUCGGUGCCCGUCCCGCUGGAGGCCAGGGGCGCGCGGCGAUGUGAGCCAUGAGCGCGGCGUGGACGCUGUCCCCCGAGCCGCUGCCGCCGUCGACGGGGCCCCCGGUGGGCGCGGGCCUGGACGCCGAGCAGCGCACGGUGUUCGCCUUCGUGCUGUGCCUGCUCGUGGUGCUCGUGCUGCUGCUGGUGCGCUGUGUGCGCAUCCUGCUCGACCCCUACAGCCGCAUGCCCGCCUCGUCCUGGACCGACCACAAGGAGGCGCUCGAGCGCGGCCAGUUCGACUACGCUCUGGUCUAAGGGGCGUGGCGCCCCGGGCCGGCCUCCCGCACCCCACCCCACCCCACCCUGCGGGGGAGGGGGGCGCCGCCAAGCCUCGGCUCCUCGCCCCUCUCCCCCAGCCCAGUGCCCCCGUAUCUUCCUCUGGCCAGCCCCCCCCGAGACCCACUUUGUGCCUUUGCCCCUCCCCACCCGGCUGACCCCCGACUCUGACGCCCGUCCACUCCCCAGCGUUGUAGGUAGCUCUCGGCUGUGGUCCAGCCCCUGACCAUGAGUGCCGUGCCUGUUUCUAGAUAUGGGAACCCCCUUUUCCCUUUCUCCCUCCCUCCCUGUGUGGUGGCCCUCAGCCCCCUGACCCCCCUGCCCCUAAGUGUUAAGCCCCUCCUUGGGCUCCCGCCCGGCGGGGCAGGCCCUCCUGGGUCCCCGGGGAGAGUGUUUGCUUGCCUGUAAGGGCCCCUGUGUCCAGGAUGCGUGUGGCGUUCCCCGACCCCCGUCCUGACUCCACUGCCAGUCAUUCAGCCCCUCACGGACCCUUCUGCCACUGCCCGCCUUGGGCGCCUUCCCCUUCCGCCCCACUCCCCGCCUCUGAUCCCUGGUGAUAAUAAAAGCUGUUAUUGAGCGCUAA